GCUCGCAGUAUUAAUAGGACGCAAAUACAAAAAUGGAUUUACAGUGAAAAGUUCUGAGUGAUUUACAUUAUUUCUCACCUAAACCGGUCUAGAGAAAUCAAGGAAAAUUUGAAUUAUAUUAAUCAGUAAUUACUGAUAGUUUACAGCAGUGUGCUUAGUUCUAUUGAAAUGUGAAUAGCUAAUUGGAAGUUGAACUUGAUGUGAUUAUUGUUCUGUGAUAAAUUUUUAAGACUUUGAUGCAAAAAGAUUUUUGGACUUCUUUGUGAUAAAAAUAAGUUUCAAGUGUCGACUGCAUUUUGAUAUUUGAGAAAAUAUAAAGGAACAAUGGAACGAGUUCAAAAUGUUUUUGGCUCUAUAGCACGCAAAUAUCCAUCUAAUCGCGAUGAUUCAAUUCUUAAACUGUCAAAUAGAUGGCUUGAAGGCAAGAGAGUCGAUGAUGAAGCUGAAGGCUUGUGGAGGGUCCACGACAAACUAUAUGACCUUACUGAUUUUAUUGAACGACAUCCUGGUGGUGCUGAAUGGAUCAGUCUUACAAAUGGAGUUGACAUAACUGAAGAAUUUGAGACUCAUCAUUUGCAUGGAAAGGCUGAAGCUUUAUUAAAGAAAUAUUAUGUCCGAGAUGCUAAAGCACCAAGAAAUUAUAAGUUUACAUAUGCUGAAAAUGGAUUUUAUCGAACAUUGAAAAGAAGAGUUGCUGAUAUGCUUCCGGAUCUUGAUCAUAAGCCAAAGAGAAUUUCUGAUAUAAUUUCUGACUUGAUGUUGGGGCUUCUUUUUGCAACAUCCGUGUUAGCAGCCAAAGAUAACAACUUUUACUUAGCACUUCUUGCUGGUGCAUUCCUUAAUUGUCAACUUGUUAUAGCACAUAACUAUUUUCAUCGUAAAGAUAACUGGCGUAUGUUUUGCUUUAACUUGACCUUACUGAACUACACUGAAUGGAGAAUAAGUCAUGCUUUAUCGCAUCAUUUGUACACAAACUCUUACUACGACAUGGAGAUAUCGAUGUUCGAGCCACAUCUUCAGUGGCUACCAAGACCAAAAACUUUGAAACAGAAAAUUUCUUCGUGCAUCUUAAGUCCUGUGGUGUGGUCAUUGAUUGGGUUGAUGGCAACGGUUUAUAGAAUUAUUGGAUACUUCAAGAACCUAGUAGCAUUCAGAUGGGAUCAUCUUAUACCUUUAGCACUCCCAAUUACCAUGUUCUAUUUUGGUCAACAAGAUCUUUGGAUUGUCUUGAAACUUUGGUUUGUUAUCACAUCAAUGAGCAGCUUCCUUGUUGGAGUCUUUGGAUUAAAUGCUGGUCAUCAUCAUCCAGAUGUCACACAUGAAGGGGAUGAGCUACCAAAAGGAAUGGACUUUGGAGUAUUCCAAAUGAAUGCUGUUAUCGAUAGAAACGACAUCAAACAAAGUCAUUUUGUUGCUCUAGUCACCUUCGGUCAUCACACGCUUCACCAUCUCUUUCCAACCAUAGAUCAUGGAUUAUUGCCUCAACUUCAUGAAGUUUUCAUAUCAACUUGUAAGGAUUUUGAGCUUGAACUUCGUGAAUAUCCUUGGUGGCCAUUAAUUGUAGGUCAGUUCCAACAGCUCAUGAGAACAAAACCAAAAACUUUAAAGGAACUUAAACAAAAAGAUUUAUAAAUAUGAGAUUUUAACAUUUAUAGCUGGGAUUAAAUAAAAAAAAUUUAA